GUUCCCACGAAAUGUAACUUCCGUGUGCACGUUCUCGCACGAAGCACAUCGCGCGGCUCACAGAGCGAGGCGUUUAGGCAGCAGCGAGUCGUUUGUUUUCAGCUAGCUGAUUUAUGAAAGAAGACGAGUUUAUUUUAGUGCUUUUACACUUGGGUAGCGCACUGAUAUCAAAUUCAGAUGGCUCGCAUCCACCAAAGCUCUACACUUGAUACUUCUGUCUACAUUCAAGGAUGAUCACCUGCAACCAAAAGCCCUUUCUUCAUCAGUUUUGUAAUUCGUUCAACAAUUAUAAAAUUGAAAUCAUGAACAAUUUUCAUAAAAAUAGAAAACUAGGUGACUCAGGUUCUGAUGAACAUUUUGAGACUCCAGCAAAAAAGGCUUUUCAUCCAGAAGCUUUGUCUCCAGAUUCUGGAUGUUUCAUGGACUGCUGCAUUCCCAUUGCAAGACAAGAUUCUGUUAACAGUGAAAUAAAACAAACUGUGACAUCUCAGCUACAGUUGGAGCAUGUGGAAUGUGGGUCCUCAGAACCAGGGGAUAGUAAUUUGACUGUGCCAAAUCAUUUGAAGUAUGAAAAGGUCCUCUUUAAUGUUGCACAUGCCUUUGAUGAUGAUGUCAAUGACAUUUUAUGCCUCAAUUUCUGUGGUACUUAUUCUGCUAGUGGACCUUCUGACAAUGUAGAGAGCUGCAAAACUCCAAGUAAUAGCACGUUUCAGAGUAAGCAUGUCUUCUGUCCCGCUGUGGCACUUAGGCAAGACUUGGACAGAGCAGAUGGGCAAAUGGUAGAAGAACAAGAGGAUAUGAAGAGGAAAAGGCACGUGAAUGUAAAAGACAUAGAGGAGGAUAAUCGCUAUUCCUCUCUGUCUUACAUAAAAGACUUUAAAACAGGAAAGGACCCCUCUUGGUCGUUGGACCCUCAGCUGUCUCAAGCUGUCUCUAGCCCCUUGUUCAGAAUAGAUAACUUUGAAGUGACAGAGGUUGAGUGCCAGCCUGAAAGAUCUACUCACCCAGGGUGUCAUAAACAAGCUGUGCUAUCUGGACAGGGUGUUUCCUUCACAGUUAGUGAUUUGGAUCCUGUUGUCAGUGGGCCACUGUUAGAGUCUGUGAACUCUCCUGUUGAGCUUUUAGAAGGUGAUGUGGAAGAGGUGUGGAAUAUCGGUUUCCCUAUAUUUGAAUCUUCAGUGUGUCACAAUGUCAUUGUGAAGUUGAAUUCUGAUAGCGAUCAGAGUAGGCAGGUAUCAGAGAAUGUGCAUGGAAGUAUUAUUGACCCUAACCAUGGGUGUCGACCCACACUUGGUGGGGAGGGAACCACCUUGGACAUCAGCUAUGAAGCUACGCUGCCUCUCCAAGUACAGGUGAAGUCCGUUGUAGUGGCUGUUGGUCAGCACCCUUCCAGCACUAAACAAGCUGCAGGAGCUCUGCCAAAGCAGACCAAGCCAAGCCUGAAGGAGACUGGAGUUUCUGUCAAAUGUGUCAGCAGUGCCAGGAGUGGAAGGCCGAUGGUUUUCGACAGUGAGCUGGACUUGGAGCGUGACAAACAGAUGUAUCUUCAUUCAGUCGCCAGACACAUGAAUGAGAAUGCAGGAGGUCAAGAUGUGACUGAUGUUCCUGUGACUGAGCUCCUGAACCUGAUGACCCGUGUGGCUGACCAGACACAAGGCACUAAUGGCCCGCAGUGGCAGCAUCCCUCUGACCUCACACGCAGGAACUACCAAAGACGAUUUGGAAACUUGAUGCCAACAAUGGCACUUCAUGAAUGGCAGGCAAAGAACCUGAUCAAUUACAAGCGCUUUGCCAGGGUCCCAAAUUUUAUUUUUUCUUAAUAAAACUCAGCCUGUUCAACUUGCA